CAUCCACAGAGCAGGAGGAGGAGGAGGAGGAGGAGGAGGAGGGACAUCCAGGCAGGACGAGCGGCGCUCACAACACCGAGCAGCAGCGUCGUGACAGCCCGUGUGAAGCUACCGGAGACAGCCGGGGACCGCGGUCCGUCCAGCCCAUGUGUUAGCGGAGCAGGCCGUCGUCACCAUGACAGCGGAGGAGACCAUCAACGUGAAGGAGGUGGAGAUCAUCAAGGUCAUCCUGGACUUCCUCAACUCCAGGAAGUUACACAUCAGCAUGCUGGCUCUGGAGAAGGAGAGCGGCGUCAUCAACGGACUGUAUUCAGACGACAUGCUGUUCCUCAGGCAGCUGGUCCUGGACGGCCAGUGGGACGAGGUCCUGCAGUUCAUCCAGCCUUUAGAGUGCAUGGACAAGUUUGACAGAAAGAGGUUUCGCUACAUCGUCCUGAAGCAGAAGUUUCUGGAAGCGUUGUGUGUGAAUAACGCCAUGUCUGCAGAGGACGAGCCUCAGCAGCUGGAGUUCACCAUGCAGGAAGCAGUCAAGUGUCUCCAUGCGCUGGAGGAGUUCUGCCCCUCCAAAGACGACUACAGCAAGCUGUGCCUGCUGCUGACGCUGCCUCGCCUCACAAACCACGCCGAGUUCAAGGACUGGAACCCCAGCACGGCCCGGGUGCAGUGCUUCGAGGAGGCCUGCACCAUGGUGGCGGAGUUCAUCCCUGCGGACAGGAAGCUGAGCGAGGCGGGAUUCAAGGCCAGCGGGGACCGGCUCUUCCAGCUGCUGCUCAAAGGCGUCCUGUACGAGUGCUGCGUGGAGUUCUGCCAGAGCAAAGCGACGGGGGAGGAGAUCACGGAGGGGGAGGUGCUCCUGGGGGUGGACAUGCUGUGCGGGAACGGCUGUGACGACCUGGACCUGUCGCUGCUGUCCUGGAUGCAGAACCUCGGGCACAACGUCUUCUCCUGCGCCUUCGAGCAGAAGCAGCUCAACAUCCACGUGGACCGCCUGGUGAAGCCCGCCAAGGCCGGCUACUCCGACCUGCUCACGCCGCUCAUCAGCAAGCUGUCGCCCUACCCCUCCUCGCCGCUGCGGCGCCCGCAGUCCGCCGACACCUACAUGUCGCGCUCCCUGAACCCGGCGCUGGACGGCCUGUCCUACGGCCUGUCCGGCCAGGAGAAGAGGGCGAGCGGCGGGGAGGCGGCGCCGGGGAAGGGGGUGUCGCCCAUGUCCCACUCCUUCGCCAACUUCCAUUACCCCGGCCAGGGGGGGCAGGGCCUGAACCGCAGCCUGAUGAUGGAGAGCUCCGACUGCCACAGCAUCUUCGAGGAGUCUCCAGAAACGUCCAGGACCGACACCCCUGUGGAGAAGAUGCUGGGCUCGGCCGGAGCUCAGAACGCUCGACCGGCCUCCGCCCCGGGAGAAGAAGCUCCGACAGCCGGCUCCACCGACAGGAACGAGCUUCGCGACUCCACGGAGAAGUACGAGGAGUUCUACCGCCAGCGGCUGCGCGUGCAGCAGCACCUGGAGCAGAAGCAGCAGCAGCGGCAGAUGUACCAGCAGAUGCUGCUGGAGGGCGGCGUCCAGCAGGAGCCGCCGCCCAACGACAUGCAGCACAGCCUCACCGAGAAGUUCCUCAACAGGUCCAUCCAGAAGCUGGAGGAGCUCAACGUGGGGAUGGAGAACCUGGGCGAGGAGGUGAAAUCUCUGGCCCAGCAGUGCAAUGGGAACCCGCCCGCCUCCGAGGACAACAACAACCCCCCCUCCGUCACCCCGGAGCAGAACCGCACCCAGGGGGGAGGGCUGGUGUGCAGCACGCCGCAGCGCACGGCGGGGGGCCGCGCGGUGGUGCCGCCACCAAACGAGUCCCCCGUGGUUUCCCUGAGCGGACAGAAACCCAAAGGAGGGCAGCAGGCCGACUCGCCGGGCUCCCUGACACGGAGCAAAGAGGGCGAUAAAGCGAAAAGCCUGUUUGUCCCGGUGCACUCUCUGGAGGACACCCAGGCCGUCCGGGCCGUGGCCUUUCACCCCUCGGGGAGUCUGUACGCCGUGGGAUCCAACUCCAAAACGCUGCGCGUGUGCGCCUAUCCCGACAGCCUGGACACCAGCAGCUCCGGGCCGCUGAAGCAGCCGGUGGUUCGCUUCAAGAGGAACAAACACCACAAAGGCUCCAUCUACUGCGUGGCGUGGAGCCACUGCGGCCAGCUGCUGGCCACCGGCUCCAACGACAAGUACGUCAAGGUCCUGCCCUUCAGCGCCGAGACCUGCAACGCCACCGGCCCCGACCUGGAGUUCAGCAUGCACGACGGGACCAUCCGGGACCUGGCCUUCAUGGAGGGCCCCGAGAGCGGAGGAGCCAUCCUGAUCAGCGCCGGCGCCGGAGACUGCAACAUCUACACCACGGACUGCCAGAGGGGGCAGGGGCUGCACGCCCUGAGCGGACACACAGGUCACAUCCUGUCUCUGUACACGUGGGGCGGCUGGAUGAUCGCGUCCGGCUCUCAGGACAAGACGGUGCGUUUCUGGGACCUCAGAGUGCCCAGCUGUGUGCGGGUGGUGGGGACGGCCUUCCACGGCUCAGGCAGCCCCGUGGCGUCGGUGGCGGUGGACCCGAGCGGCCGUCUCCUAGCAACGGGGCAGGAGGACAGCGCGUGCAUGCUGUACGACAUCCGGGGCGGCCGCAUCGUUCAGGUGUACCGGCCGCACGGCAGCGACGUGCGCAGCGUGCGCUUCUCCCCCGGAGCGCACUACCUGCUCACCGGCUCCUACGACACCAAGGUCAUGGUCAGCAACCUGCAAGGUGACCUGACCAAACCGUUGCCCCAGACUGUGGUCGGAGAGCACGGAGACAAAGUGAUCCAGUGUCGAUGGCACACACACGACCUGUCCUUCCUCUCAUCGUCUGCCGACCGCACUGUCACACUGUGGACGCACAACCCCUAACACACACACACACACACACACACACACACACACACACACACACACACACACACACACACACACACACACACACACACAGCCUUUACAAACUCACCGUCCGGUGAAUAUAAAGCUUGGAAACAUUAGAAGCACAUGUGUUGCAUGUUCCCCUCUCAUUUCUCAUCCCGAGAUGUGAAGCUUCAGGAUCGCUCAUCAAUAUUUAUACUGCUCUCUCACACACACACACAUGGACAUACACAUACACACACCCACACAAACAAAGAGGCAGACAUACACAAAAGUAGAGUGUAAACACAGACAUACACAGAGAGGCACACACACACAGCGCGGUGAGUUGCUGCAUGUCCUGUGUAACGAGGAGCUGCUGAUCGAGGACUGCUUUGUUCAUGAUGGUGCCUUCCUUUAGUUCUCAUUUUCAAUUACUAAAAAUGUUAAAGUUUGAAAAAAAAAGAGAUCCUUUGUCCAGGCCAGAUUGAGUUGAAUCUAACAUUCCAGGGUUUUAUUUUGCAUAUCAUUGGACUCCCGCUGGUGUAACGCUGCUACUGUACAGGAGAAGCCCCGCCCCCUCCCGGUGUGUCGCAGUCGGCCCCUCCCUGCAGGAGGCUGAAUCCGUGGAGCCGUUCUCUUGCUUCCUGUGGGGUGAUGUCUGUAUUACUGUACCGCUGCAUCGUGUGCCCUCGUCUCUCCGUGUGGGAUCAGUGUGUUGGGAGGAUUGUUACAAAGGGAACCUGGAGGCGUGGCCUCUGGCUCUGCUGCAGCGACCACCUGUCUCCAGGAGGUGGCGCUCUUCAAACCCCUGGAGAGAGAAUCACUGACAGCUGUGGCUUAUAUUUAUUGAACAGUGUUCUGAGGCAUAUGCAGACUUUUCUUUACUUCUCCAGGCGCACUUUGUCUUUUUAACAUCGCUGUUUAUAUUAAUUUACUGACGCAGAUGCAUAUUUAAGUUUUUAUCGGUAAUGUAUAGUAUAUAUUGUUUUAACAGAAAAAGCCAAACUAAUGGAUGUAUUUAUUUCACUUGUGUUCAUGUGUGUACAGGUGUUGGUUCUGAAAUGCUAGUGGCUCUCGUAUUAGGCCUUUUUAAUUCUCCGGUCUAAAAGUGACUUUAAAUUAGUUCAAGCUAACUUAACUUUUGAUUUCUGGUACGUUCAAUAAAGUGUC